UGCAGUCGUAUAGCUACAACUUAAAUCUUGGCAAUGAGUACGGUAAUCGCUCUGAUGGUGAUCCUCAGCAUCGUGAUCAACGGGCCUAGCGGGCACACCUUCGCCGCACCUGCUCAGAACCCCGAGGCCGAACACCCCCCAACCAGUCCCGACGUCGUUCGGCUGGUGCACUACCUAACCUACCUGCUGGACUACAUCAUCCGGCACUACGUUCCGGACUGGAGCCUGCACCCCAACCAGAACGCAACCCACUACUUCGAGGAGGCCAUCCUCGAAGGUCGAACCGACGAGCCCCGCCAGGACGGCGUGAAAAGACCGGCCAAACCAGACGAGGCCACGGCCGAAAAGACGAUUCAAGUGGUGGAUCAACUCAGUCAUGAAAUCAAGCCGUAACCUUCGCCCGUUCGUAAAAGUCAAUAAACCUAAAAGCUAUUCUCACCUUUUGAA